AUGGCUUGCUGCCUCUGUGUCGUCCACACUGGCUUGCUGAACGCAGCGGGCAGCCAGCCCCGCGCCCCGGCCUCUGGGCCCUCGGGCCGUUCUCCUUCCGGCCUCCGACCCCGCGCCGACAUAUCCGCCAGGGCAGAAUAUGCGUCCUUCUUGGCCGACGUGGGCGCCGCGGCCGCCAUGGUCUUCAGCGCUCUCUGUGCGGCCUACGGCAAGGCGAAAAGCGGCGCCGGGAUCGCAGCCAUGGUCGCAGGGCGCCCCAGGCAUAUCGUGAAGUCCAUCGUCGCCGUGGUCAUACCGGGCAUCGUCGCGAUCGACGGGCAGGCGGUGGCCGUGCUCCUCACCCACCCUCACCCGGUCCGGACCAGCCUGCUGCUGGGGGCCGGCCUGAGCGUGGGCCUGAGCGGCCUGGCCGCGGGCUUUGCCGUCGGCACCGUGGGCGGCGCGGGGGAGCGGGGCCCGGCGCAGCAGCCGCGGCUCUUUGUGGGCGUCACCCCGGUCCUCGUGUUCGCCGAGGUGCUCGGCCUCUACGGCCUCUUCGUGGCCCUCAUCGUCUGCACCAAGUAG